GUUAGAUGAAAACCGAAAGCGCAUCAAUCUGCAUGUUUCUCCGACAUGAAUGAGGAAUUUGGAGCCUUGGAUUGAUACGGAGCGUCGCUUCAGCGCGUCUGAACUCCUCCCGCGGUCACUAUACGCGGGCAUCAUGUGGCCACCACCAGCCUGGCAGACGCGCCGCGCACAGGCUAUAUAAGCUCGGCAGCUGUCAGGUGGAGGACACUGGCAGCUCUGCACUGCAUUGCUCUGUUCUGCGCUGGGAGAUUACACAGCCUCUGCAGAAAACACAUUAGCAAUGUCUCACGCUUGGGGAUACGGAGCGCAUACCGGACCCGAAAAAUGGGCUGACAGCUUUCCAAUCGCGAACGGACCCCGCCAGUCUCCCAUCGACAUCGUUCCGGGUGACGCUUCAUACGACCCGGCGCUGAAGCCGCUCGUCCUGAAGUACGACCCGUCCACCUGCCUGGAGAUCCUCAACAACGGCCAUUCCUUCCAAGUGACCUUCCUAGACGACAUCGACAGCUCAACUCUGAAAGACGGACCCGUCUUAUUUAACCACAGACUGAAACAGUUUCAUUUUCACUGGGGGUCUUCAGACGACCACGGCUCUGAGCAUACUGUGGCCGGGACCAAAUACCCGGCUGAACUCCAUCUGGUGCACUGGAACACUAAAUAUGCAAGCUUUGGAGAAGCCGCCAGUCAACCUGACGGGCUUGCUGUAGUUGGAGUCUUCCUGAAGAUCGGUGAAGAAAACCCUAAUCUCCAGAAACUUAUUGACGAGUUUGACUCAAUUAAGACCAAAGACAGCCAAUGUUCCUUAGCUGACUUCAACCCUGAGACGUUGCUGCCUGGUUGCCUGGACUACUGGACGUACGAGGGCUCUCUGACCACGCCCCCUCUGCUGGAAAGCGUCACUUGGAUCGUCUGCAAAGAGCCAAUCAGCGUCAGCUCUGUGCAGAUGGCCAAGUUUCGCAGCCUCCUCUUCUCCGGAGAGGGCGAGGCUGAAUGCUGCAUGGUGGACAACUACCGCCCUCCGCAGCCACUCAAAGGUCGCACUGUCCGUGCUUCCUUCCAGUAGUUCCCAUCCCCCUCUUCUGCCCCUUUUCCUCCCUUCCCCCUUUCAGAAAUACCUUUCUUUGCUGCAAACCAUAGGAAGAAGACAUAUCUCUCUCUGUCCAGCUCUAAACUUCAAACUCCUGUAAAACCGCUGCAUUUAUUUCUGGAUCCAAGAAGCAUGGCCUGUUAAAGUUUGUUUUUAAAGGGGCAGUAUUAUGUACUUUCAGGACACAUAGUGCCAUAAAAUGCUGUCAAGAAAAGAAAAUUGACUUUGCAAUUUAACACCUUGGAAUUGGGCCUCUGUCUCUUUAAGAAGCUCCUGCUCUUUU